CGUUUACGGUUUGGUUACUCUAAUCAUUGUGAAAUUUUCUUUCGUCCGAACCGUUCGUUCUCGUGUGAAAAUCUAAUUUUUUGUGAAAAUAACAAUUUUCUGUUGUGUUAAACGUUAAGAAUAAAGAGUUAAAAUGGCCCGUACCAAGCAGACCGCCCGUAAGUCGACUGGAGGAAAGGCUCCCCGUAAGCAGCUGGCCACCAAGGCGGCUCGUAAAUCGGCGCCCUCCACCGGCGGAGUGAAGAAGCCCCAUCGUUAUCGUCCCGGUACUGUGGCUCUUCGUGAGAUCCGUCGUUACCAGAAGUCGACCGAGUUGCUCAUCCGCAAGUUGCCCUUCCAGCGGCUGGUUCGUGAAAUCGCCCAGGAUUUCAAGACCGAUUUGCGUUUCCAAUCGGCGGCCAUCGGUGCUCUGCAGGAAGCUUCUGAGGCGUAUCUGGUGGGUCUCUUCGAAGACACCAACUUGUGCGCCAUCCACGCCAAGCGCGUGACAAUAAUGCCCAAGGACAUCCAGUUGGCGCGCCGCAUCCGUGGCGAGCGUGCUUAAGCUGAAUCAGCGGCAGUCAAGAACAGCAGCAGCAGGAUCAUCACUGUCCAUCCCCAAACACACCAUUCUGAUUUACCACGUUUUGUUAAGGGAAAGGAGCCAGUGGAGCAACACCAACGGUCCAGUCUAUCAUUCAUAUUUGCAUAUAUACAUUUACCAUCAAUCUUCUGUUCAACAGUCGGCGAUCUGCCAGAAUGCCGACACGAAACACACCACAAAACAAAAACACACAUUACUGUAACGCUAAUACAAAAUAUUUGUAAUUCUUAUUAUUACUAUUAUAUAUUAGUUAUUAAGUUUUUUUUUCUCGUCUGCGCUGAAGUUUGGAUCGUUUGUGGACUGCGUACCUCCCGACCGACUACGAAUCCACCUUUUGAAAAGGAGUGGAGUCCGCCGGUCAGCUGUCUUCGCCUGUCCCUCUGCAAGAUCCGCCACCACCAACUCCAACAUUUGCCCUGCUGGUGGGCCGUGAUUUCCAGGGAUCCGUGGUCUUUAAGGCGCCUGUUUCCUUUUUAUUAUUUUGGAGGAGGCUCACCAUCUGGCUGCCGGGACUCGCGACCCUGGAGAUUGCGGCCAACUCAACGCCAGCGGGGCGUGGCAAGGCGGACAGACGGCGGCGGACUGAUUGGUCGGUAUUUCCCGGAUCUUCGGAAAGGCGUCGAGGAACAUGGACCGUCAGUCGAUCACAACUGAAAGCGCCAGACCUUUUAAACAUAUGAAAAUGGUAUCCACAUAUAACACCGAAGACCGAAUUGAGUACACUUAACUUUACACUUACUUAUAUAAAUAUAUACAUAAAAUAUAUAUCUAUAUAGAAAACGAAAA